GCAAAAUGAAGGAACAUAAAGAUCUCAAAACUUGUGUUGGUUAUGUCUUUGAAACGUGAAAAAGGAGGAUAAGCAAAGCUGUUUGAUGGACGCCAUGUCCACCACAAUCAAACCCACUUUGGUUCCUUCUCCAAACCCCAACACUGUCUUCUCUUCAAGAAAGUUUUCCAUCACAUCACCCAUCUUCCGCAGAGCUUCUUCUUCUUCUUCUUCUUAUUCUUCAAGGUCUCGGCUCGUAAUCGUGAAAUGCAACAGCUCGGAGGAGAGUGGUAAUCUGAAGGAUUCACUGGCGGGUAUAGUGGACGAGCGAGUACAGGAGCUGCUGAACAGAGAAGAGAACAGGGGUUUGCUUGAUGGGUUGGAGAAGGCGUCGAAGAGGGUGGAGAUGGCCAAGAGAGAGCUUGCGGAGAUUGAAAAACAAGAACUUGAGGCCAAGCUGAUGAGGGAAUACGUUAACCAGCUUGAGAGCAGAGCUUCCGAGAUUGCUGAAUGUCAGAGGGAGAUAUUAGAAGCAGGAGAAAAGGUUGAAGAAGCAAAGCGCUCUCUAGCACUAAAUGUGGAUGGAUUUGAAGACGGAGAUGCUUUUGUAGAGAAAGAGAGCAAAGAAAUUGACAAAAAUGAGGAAAGAUUGGAGUCCAUAAAAGCAGGUUUUAUUUCUGCCCUUGUUGGCACCCUUGCAGUGCUGCCCAUCUCCUUCACUCAGGUGACAAGCAGUUCUCAACUCAUACUUCCUGUAGCAAUUAACUUGGUCAGCUGUGCUCUGUUUGGAGUUACAUUUCGAUAUACAAUAAGAAGAGACUUUGAUAAUGUUCAGCUUAAGACGGGGACAUCUGCAGCUUUUGGCUUUGUUAAAGGUCUUUCCAUGCUGGCCAGUGGACCACCUCUAGAACUAAAUACUGGAAGCUUCUUCUCACAUGCUUUUGAUGGAGCUGUUUAUGUGUCUGAGAAUCUUCUUCUUUUUGUUUUUGCUGCUGUUGGUCUAGAGUAUUGUUUUAAGAUGAGGCUACUUAGUCCUUUUCCUAUCAAAAGAUCAACUUCAAGGUGAUGUCCACAUAUACUAAUGCCAUAUUUUCAAGGUGAUAAUCCAUGUCCUACUUCAA